AUAUGGAAACGAACUACAACAACAAACUUCUUGGACUUGGACUGCACCCAGUACUACUGCUCACGCUCAUAUGCGGAGAUCUGGUACGUACUAGGUAGGUACGUGCCGUCACAACGACACACGCUAGAGACUCCACACGCGUCGACUUUGAUCCCACGGACGUACCGAUGGUUGACUCCGGCGUGGCGAUAGCUCUCGGCGUGGUCGGGUUCCUCGUGGUGGUGCUCGCGAUCGCCUGGGCAGUGCGCUGCGCCGUCGCCCGGCGCCACGCCGAGGAGGCGAAGGAGGCCGUCGGCGUCGGCGCGGGGCUGCUGGACAAGGAGGCCGUCGUCGUCGACGUCGAGACCAAGCGCGAGGAGCCGCUCUGCGCGAUAUGCAAGGGGCCGCUGGCGGUGGGCGGGGGCAGGUGCCGGCGGCUGCGCGCGUGCGGCCACGUCUACCACGCCGAGUGCGUCGACCUGUGGCUCCAGCGGAAGCCGAUCUGCCCGCUGUGCCGGGCCAGCGUCGUGCUGUCGCGGACGGACAUCGUCGACGCGAUCGUGUGAGCCGUCUGUGCAGGUCAUCGAUGCGGCGCGGCGCGGUGCACGGGUACGUGCGUGCGGUUUGCGCCGCCGUCCCUCUGCAGUCCGCACACGCGGCCGUGUCCUCAUCCUCGUGCGUCCGUGCGUGCGUGCGUUGGGGAAUUUUGCUCCUGACAUAGGAAGACAUACUCGUAGUUUUGUGUAUUCGGAGGGAGGAAGAUACUGUAUUUGUUUCGUUGGUUCGUUGGCUUGUACUCAAGGAUACGUGCAAGCUCUUUUUGACAACGAUUUCUUUAGUGGUUU